CAUGGCCGCGUCCGGAGCAUCGCUCGCGUCGCCACAAAAAAUGUCCGUGCUGCGUCAGUUCGUUGUCCGGAUUUUGUCGUUUCGCAUGUCAGUGGAGUCGAACUGACAGAACCCGCCUUGGACUGCGACGUAAUGUCUCCGUCGCUGCACGUUAUAAGAUCAGAUGAUCCCGUAGCGAUGAUCCCGUAGCGGCGCGCAGCAUACAGUAAUAUAGUCCGUGCGCGCGCGCCAACGGAUUUGUCCCAUCCGUGAAACAGAAUCCCGUCGCCAUGCCCAAGCGUAAGCGCGAGUUUAUGUUGGACAUAUGGGGCGGCCCCCGGAAAAAAGCAAGCGUACUUUCCGCAAACUUGCGCUUGGCCAAGAGCUUUUUCUCCGGCUCGAGCAUCAACUACCGGACCCGAUGCACGAGCGGCGAGGGUCGCCUGUGCGACAUCUUCAGAGACCUUAACCUGUGGAACGAGUUCUUCUGGCAGGUGGGACUCGAACUGAGGGAGCUCACCCCGGGUCAACUCUUUCUCGUCGAAAUGCACGGUGCGUACGUUCCCCUAGAGAUGCCCGAACAGAAGCACGAGGCCGCCACGCUCCUGCAUCGCCUGCUGACGCUACACCGCUGCAUCGUUUCGGUGGACCUGAACGGCUACAUAUUCAAGGGCCACCACCAACUCAUAUGCGAUGCGCUGCGAAAGAGCCCCAGCAUUCGGAAGCUCAAGCUGUGCCUACUGACCAUGAACACGUACGCUUCGCAGAGCUUCGCAGCCGCGUUGCCGCACCUGAACCACCUCCGGGAGCUGGAGUGCCGGCAAGUUCACUUCGAUCGCACCUUCCUCGACGGCCUUUCUGAGUUCUUGGCAAACACCGAGUCGCUGACGACUCUCACCAUGAGUCACCUUCACAUCGAGCGCGAAGACGCGGUCGUCAUCCUCCAGGGACUCAAGCGCAACAAGACCAUCACCACGCUGUCCCUCAACACCUGCAUUCUGAGCCCGGUCUCGUCCCGGUGCGGCUUCAUGUUCGCCGACUACCUGCGCGAAAACCAGACGCUGCACACGCUUAGUGUGACGUCACGUUACCUUAAGAACGUCAUCGAGCUGAGGCUCAUCAUCCGGGCACUGUUCCACAACCGCACACUCUCCGAGCUCAACCUGAUCCGGUUCUCCCUGGACAACGAAAACAUCCAGCUCAUCACCCGGCUACUGGGUCAGAACAAGACACUCAGGAGGUUCCACAUGGUCGGCUGCGUCUGGUAUGAGCGCGCGCCGCAGUGCUGCAUCAACUCGAAGAUGCAGCACAUGGAGAACUUUGGCAACGUCUCCAGCCGGAUCCGACCCUGGCUGGUGGCUCUGACCGAGAACAAGACGCUCGACGAGCUCACCCUGGACAUGUCCUGCUUCAACUCGGACGAGUGUCGGUCCUUCUUCAAGGCACUCGCCUCCAAUGCUUCCCUUAAGAAGAUCACCGUCGAGCGUCUCCGGCGCAAGGACGUGGCCGAGAUAUGUCGGGCCCUCCGGGAGACUGGUAUGCGAGAGCGCUUCUUCCUCGGCAUCCACCAUGUCAUCCAGGACCCAGUUGCAACGCUCACCGAGUGCAAGGAGCUGUCCCGCAUCAGUGUCGACUCAACCAUCCUGCAUGACUUCGACCCGCUGCAUACCACGCUGUGCCUGCUGCCCUCGUGCAGUCACGUGACGUCACUCUGCCUGAGGGUGAGCCAGGAACUGUUCAACAACCGGGUGAGCUCCCUGAUUGCGCAGUACAUCACGGGCACGACUGUGCUCCGCGAGCUGGAGCUGACCUUCUUCUUUGACUCCGGGAGCUGGAACGCCGUCGACCGGCCUGAGCGGGCGCUGGUGCAAGCGCUGUCCGUCAACAAGGGCAUACGCCGGCUCUUCAUUGGGGGCCUCUGCUUCGACGAGACCGAAACCGGGAUGCUGGCCGACAUGCUCCAGCACAGCCGGACGCUCUGUGACCUGUCCUUCUACCCGGACGACUACAAGUCGGCCGUCCUGCUGGUGCGCAAGCUGUCGCCCAGCUUCUCCACAAACUACACGCUCCUCAGCAUGCGCCUGAGCAAGCGGCGCGAGCUUGGCGCCGACUGGUUCACCGUCGCGGAUGUGGUGCGGCGCAACUUCUCGCUGGUGACGCGCGCGGCCCACUUUGUCGCAGGGACGAGGCACAAGUACUGCGCGGCAGCCGCCGAGCAGGUGCACUUCAACCCCGGACUGGUGACGAAAGUGCAGGAGCUUGCAUCCGUCGACGAGGGCGAGGCCGCGUUGCGGAUCAAGAACAGUCUCAAGAGCUUUUCCGAGCUGGAUGAGUUCAUGCGCAUGGCAGGGGUGGUGAAGGAAAGCGUGGCUUGCCACAGGCGUGAUGAUGGUCAGACGCAGUUGGUCGACCUCGGUCGGGACUGCUGGUUGUGCAUACGGCAGUACCUCAAGGUGGGCGACAUCCUGGAUCCGCAGUAGGCGUGGCUUUUGUUCAUGUGCCGUAGAUAAGUGGAGUGGGUUCGAAGUUGCGUGCCGUCGAGCUGUGCCGCUUUUUGCGCACCAGCACUGCACACACCUGCCUUGUGUACAGGUACAUAGCACUUCCUGACGGCUGGUGCAGGAGCCGACUUUUGGCCACUUUUUCUGCAUGCGUAGCCAAUCCAAACAGGAGUUCCGCACUUUUGCGCCAUGAUUUGGAGACCGGAUGCAUUCAAAUCGUGUUUCUUUGCUUUCACAAAGUGACAGAAUAGCAGUAGUGUAAAUUGGCGACCCUUCGAGGGCACUGUUAUUGAAUCGUUGAAGUUUUUGCAUGCGGUAGUAUUGAGUGUAGGUGUAGACGUUUUCACUGUGGUGAUGGUAACGGCAAUGGCUGUGUACUGCUGCAACUUGCCGUGAAUCAGCCAUUGUCUCGACGUGCGUGGCCUGUUACGUCUCGUUGUCACAGGCAGAGGCAGUUAGUUUCGGUUCCUUUUUUUUUUUGAAUCCUCACCAUAAUAUUUUGCCUCAACAUGUGUGUAGACUGAUGUGUGCCAUUGUAAUCACUAUCCUC